AUGGAGUUAAACACAGUGACUUCUCCCAGCAGUAGCAUAAUAUGGGUGACACCAGAUAUCGAAGGCAAACCCCUCAAAAUGGAGCUGGACACAGGAUCUGCAGUGUCUAUAAUUUCCACUACUGUCUACAAUGAGCACUUUAAGGCUAUCAAGCUGAAGAACACAAAUGUGUUGCUGAAGACAUACUCAGGAGAGAGAUUGAGCCCAAUGGGGGCGUUGCAGGUCAGAGUGCAUUAUGGGGGGCAAACACAGCAGUUACAGCUGUAUGUGGUGCCUGGAACUGGCCCCCCAUUAUUUGGCAGGGAAUGGCUUUCAAAAAUAAAGCUGAAUUGGUGUGACUUGAAAAUGCUCCACACGUUCCAGUCCAAAGAGAAAGGCACAGACCAAACACUGGAACACUUGCGGAAUAAAUACAACACAGUUUUCAGUGAUCAGAUGGGAACAGUAAAAGGCUUCACAGCAAAACUUGUACUAAGAGAUGAUGCAACCCCAAAAUUCUGCAAAGCCAGAUCUGUUCCAUACUCCCUGAGACCAAAGGUGGAAGCGGAAAUCGAUCGCUUGCAGGAUACAGGGAUCCUGACGAAAGUGGACAGAAGCGAAUGGGCCACACCCAUAGUUCCUAUUGUGAAGAAAGACGGGUCUGUUAGAAUUUGUGGGGACUUCAAGGUAACUGUGAAUCCAAUGUUGCAUGUGGACCAAUACCCCCUACCACGCCUGGAUGACAUCUUUGCUGCACUAGCUGGUGGGAAACACUUCAGUAAAAUCGAUCUGAAACAGGCUUACCUGCAGCUACCGGUUGAAGAGAGUUCCAAACAGUACCUGACAAUAAACACACACAAAGGUCUAUACAGGUAUAACCGCCUGGUGUUUGGCAUUGCAUCAGCCCCAGCCAUUUGGCAACGAACUAUUGACCAGAUUUUGCAAGGAAUCCCAGGAACCCAGUGUAUCCUGGAUGACAUGAUCAUAACAGGACGCACCGACAAAGAGCAUCUGGCUAACCUGGAAGAGGUCCUGAAAAGACUGAAAGAGUAUGGUCUACAGGCAAACUUAAAGAAGUGUGAGUUCUUCAAAGACAAGAUUGUCUUCUGUGGACAUGAGAUUGACUGUAAUGGAUUGCACAAAACACAGGACAAAAUCGAGGCAGUGGUACAGGCACCACGACCACAAAAUAUCACAGAAGUGAGAUCUUUCACGGGACUGAUCAAUUACUACAGAAGAUUCCUCCCAAACCUUUCAGCAGUACUCCAGCCUCUAAAUCAGCUCCUGGAAAAGAAUAGGACAUGGCGGUGGACAGAGCAAUGUGAAAAUGCAUUUCUGGAGGCAAAACGGCUCAUAACAUCUGAACAGGUCCUGAUGCAUUACGACCCUGAAAUGCCAGUGAAGUUGGCUUGUGAUGCGUCCCCUUAUGGAUUAGGGGCAGUCCUUUCACACACACUGAAAGAUGGGUCCGAGAGGCCAGUUGCAUUUGCGUCACGAACAUUGAAUGAUGCAGAGAAAAACUACUCACAAAUCGACAAAGAAGCACUGGCACUAGUGUGGGGCGUCAAGAAAUUCCACGCAUACCUAUAUGGCAAGCGUUUCACACUGGUUACAGAUCACCAGCCGUUGCUUUCCAUUUUCAGUCCAAAGAAAGGCAUUCCGGCAAUGACAGCAGCCAGGUUACAGCGAUACGCCCUGUUCCUUGCCAGUCAUAUGUAUGACAUUGAGUUUAAGCCGUCAUCCCUCCACACAAAUGCAGAUGGAUUAUCCAGACUGCCAUGUACAAGAGAAAGGCAAAGGAGGGUGGAUGCAGUGGACAUGUUCCAUACCGCUCAGCUCGAGGCACUACCGGUCACAAGCACAGUUAUCAAACAGGAGACAAGGAAAGAUGUGACCUUGUCACAAGUGUACACCUACACCAUGUCAGGAUGGCCAGCUACUGGCAGAAAGGAGCUGACUCCGUAUUUCCAGCGGAGAAACGAAAUUACAACGUACCAGGGAUGUUUGAUGUGGGGAAUGAGAGUCAUGAUACCCCAGAAAUGCCAACAUCGAGUCUUGCAGCAACUACAUGAAGGUCAUGUUGGAAUUGUCAAAAUGAAGCUGCUUGCAAGGAGCCACUUCUGGUGGCCAGGUCUGGACCAACAGAUAGAAAAUAUGGCAAAGAACUGUAGUGGAUGUUUGGAAACCCUUCACAUGCCUGCUCCUGUCCCAGUCCACCCAUGGGAAUGGCCCACAGAGCCAUGGCAGAGAAUUCAUGUGGACUACGCUGGUCCCUUGGAAAAGCACAUGUUUCUGGUUAUAGUUGAUGCCCAUUCCAAAUGGCCAGAGGUGUUUUGCACUGACUCCUCCACCUCAGCUCAGACGAUAGAGUGUCUCAGAACAACGUUUGCACGCUUCGGUUUGCCACUGCAGCUGGUAAGUGACAACGCGCAAGCUUUUGUAAGUGACGAGUUUACAAGAUUCAUGUCAGUAAAUGGAAUCAAACACUCAACUUCAGCUCCGUACCACCCUGCCACCAAUGGGCUGGCAGAACGCUUUGUGCAAACCCUAAAGCAAGGACUCCGUGCAGCAAAACGAGACGGGAGGGACUUUGCAAACAAAACUGGCCAAGUUCCUGGCCUCCUACCGAAACACCCCACAUGCCACAACAAAUGA